AUUACCGAGACAGUCAACCCAGUCCCGAGCACAAUGUCCGACGAAAACUUCCCAUCAAUGAUGCUUGACCCCAUG